AUGGCCCAAUCCCAACUACGUAAUAGUGCGUCCGCCGGAGCCGGACCAAAGUUCCGUCGCUCCAGCAACUUCUUCUUCCUUAGAUGUUUCGGAUUUACCGGCAGCAAACGGAAAACUAAUUUCAAAAAGAAAUCUCCAACCGACGCCAUAACUAAAAGGCCACACUGGUUCGCCUUCUCAACGAAGAAGAAGAACAACAACUCUAAAACUCACCAAUACGAUCCGCCGCCGCCGUUGUUCAAACCCUCAUGGAAGCCGCCGCCGCCGCCCAAUUCCCAAGAUGAAUCAAAAUUAACUCUCAAAGAUAUGGAAGAGGAGUGUAAGAAUCCGUCAGGCCGUACUGACAAAUCUGAAACGGUGGAGAAGAUCUUGAGUCCCCCAGAAGAAGAUCAUACACAAUCUAUCAUUCUCCCUUUGUCACCGUCAAAGGGGAAAGAAGCGAAGACAAACUCACGGACUCACCGGAAAAGUAAAGUGAUGUCGGGGACGGUUGAUUCGACGGUGGGUUUCUUUAUUGUGACGUUGAAUUUGGUGAUUAUGUUAGUAUGGGGUAAAGUAUGUGCGAUUCUUUGUGCAUCUGGUUUCUUGUAUAUUGUUCCUAGAUUUAGAACAUCGGUUCAAGUGUUAAGGGAUAUAAGACAAUCAUCAUCAGGACCCAGUUCGAAAGGGAAAUCAGAUGAUUCGAUGAUUAAGAAGAGUAAGGUAGUCUUUGAUGGAUUUCUGGAGAGGAAACGCCGGAGUUCCUUCGGUCAUCUUUAG